AUGGGUGUCUUCGAAACUUUGUGGUUCGACACGAAAGCGUCCCUCCUCCUUCCACUUGCUUGUUUCGUCUUGUGGAUAUGCUAUAAUGCCGGAUUGGUCAUUUAUCGCCUAUAUUUCAGCCCAAUCGCCCACUUUCCGGGUCCCAAGAUUGCGGCAGUAACCUACUGGUACGAGUUCUACUACGACGUGAUUCUGGGCGGGCAGUACACUUUUCGCAUUCUGGACCUCCACAAGCAAUAUGGCCCUGUUGUCCGCAUCAACCCGCGAGAGCUGCACUUCUACCCUCCUCAAUUCUAUGAAGAGAUUUAUGCGGGACCCACGCGGCGACGGGAUCGCUGGGAACGCUACACCCAGGGCUUCGGCAUGCCUGGCGCUGGAGCAAGCACGAAUCCUCACGACUUACACCGGGCAAGACGCGCCGCAUUGAGUCCCUACUUCAGCAUGCAGAGCGUGCGGAAGCUGCAAAGUGUCAUCGAGGAGAAGGCAGAUCUGCUGAUGGCGAGAUUCAGAGAGUUUGGCAACAUGAGACGAGAAGACGAAAGGAAACCCUUGAACUUGGAAGUCGCAUUCGCUGCCUACGCGUACGAUGUCAUCACCGAAUACGCCUUUGCUCGCAGUGAACAUCAUCUUGAAGCCGAGGAUUUUGAUCCCUGGAUGCUGAAAGCCGCCUCUUCCACCAGCUCCCUCGGCCAGAUUGCAAAGCAGAUGUAUUGGAUCUUUUGGUUGGUGCUGAAUAUUCCGGACUGGAUGGCUCGGAGGCUCGACGCGAAUGCCAGUCGUUACCUCCAGUUCAAGCGGGAUAUCAAGAACCAAAUCGAAAAUAUCCGUAACGGGAUCGACACAUCGCACAAAACCGCCUCGCACCCGACCAUCUUCCACGAAAUUCUCGACAGCCCUCUGCCACCCGCGGAAAAGCGCACGUCCCGCCUUGCCGAUGAAGGAGCCACGGUUGUGAGCGCGGGGGCGGUGACCACGGGCUGGACACUGCCGGUGAUCGUAUUCUACCUGCUGUCCAACCCACCUGUCCUGCAGAAGCUGAAACAAGAGCUGUCCGACGCCAUCCCGGAUCCCACCAAGCCCACCGCCCUCCCCGAACUCGAACGCCUGCCGUACCUGACGGGCGUGAUCCAGGAGGGGUUGCGACUGAGCUACGGCAUCUGCACGCGGCUGGAGCGGAUCGCGCAGGACGAAGCGCUGGUGUUUGAAGACGGCUCGAGAACCUGGACGGUCCCGCCGGGCACCCCGUGCUCCAUGACCAGCUACAUCAUCCACCGCAACCCGGCCAUCUUCCCUAACCCCAGCGAGUACCAGCCGGAGCGGUGGAUCGCGAACCCGCGCCUGGACAAGUACCUCGUCAGCUUCUCCAAGGGCAAAAUGCAAUGUCUGGGCAUCAACCUCGCCUACGCCGAACUGUAUCUCAUGGUGGCCAAGCUGUUCCGCGUGUAUGGCAGUCCACAGGUGAAAUUCGACGGCGAUGUCGGCCGGCUGGAGCUGUUCGACACAACCUUCGAGAAGGACAUCGACAUGCGUGAGGACCGCUUCAUUCCCUUGCCGAGCAGGGAUACCAAGGGCGUGAGGGUGCUGGUUGAGCUCAACUAG